AUGAAGAUUUCUGCAAACUCUUGGAAGGAAAUCUAUGAGCUCGGUGGCCUUGGUCCCGGUGUUUGCUACAGGUUCAAGGCAUACUCUUGGGGCACAGUGGCUUACCGGUAUGGAUGGUCACUCGGCAAAAAUCGAGCCUUGUGCGAGGUACGUCCUUCGCCGGAAGCCUUUCAAGAUAGCUGUGUGAACGAUUGUACGCCGUUGCAUGUAUCCCCCGAACAAAGGAACUGCCGCCGAGCGAGGAUUGGUUACUUUGGAAUUGGUUCAACUUGGCCUUUGAGCAACCGAUAUCCUGCCGCCAUGAGGGCAAGGGGUUGCUUUCGUUCCGGGGGCUAA